AUGGUUCUUCGUGAAUGCGAUCGCGACGGAUGCUGCUACCCGGCGGCGCGCGGCUUCGGAAGCUGCAUGCUUUGCUCUAAACACUGGUGCUUCAAGCAUGCUGAGUUUGAGGAUCAUCAAUGUCCUUCUGAGGAAAGCGACCCUGACGUCUAUUUUGCCGCAUACACUGUCGCUAAGAAAAGCCACCUCAGCGCGCUAUUAGACAAGAUCAAUAUCGAAGCCCUCAGACCCGUUGCGAGUGAUGCCCGGAAUGGAGUUAAAUGCUGGAUUCCAGCCUUUGAUGCUAACAAUGACCCAGCAUUCCGGGUAGAUCUCGCUUCUGAACAGAGCGGUGGGCAGAAUUGCCACCUCGACAUCGAAUUUGAGGACGGCGUGGUAUGGAUUGUACUAUUGAGCUUCGAGGAUCCUCUUUUACCUCCAGCGAGUGCCCAGCGCCAUAUUUUCCUCAGCGAGGUAGCGACCCUCAAAUUUCUCGCGCAAACCUCGGUGCCUAUUCCUCGUGUGCAUUCUUAUCAACUAGAGUACCCUGAUAACCCUGUUGGAACUUCGUAUGUUCUUAUGAGCAAGCUCGAAGGUAGUCCUCUCGAUUGGAAUGAGGCGAGCCCGCAGCAACGGAUCAAGGUGAUGGAACAGUUGGCCGAUAUAUUCCUAGAACUUGAAAAGUAUCCCAUUUGGCUAAUGGGAUCUCCCAUUCCUUCGGACUUUUUGGAUAAUGAGAUCAAAGUCGGCGGUUUUGUUCGAGAGCCUUGGUUCGAGACACCGGAAAGAGGCCUGGGACAUUUCUCGACGCUCGAGGCUGCUUACAUUGCAAUAAUCAACUGGCAUUUGCAAGCCUUCGACGGUCGGGAAAUUGCGAAGCUCCCUGUGGACAAUUAUCUGAGUUUCAAGUGGCGCGUGAUCGACUGGGAAUUUGCAUCCUUCGAAGCCAAAGAUUUGGCGUUCAGCUCGCCAUGUAUGAUGUGGCCGGUAGAAGAUUUCUACGACGGGAAGCCUAAUUUAUCGGAUGACGAAAUAGAAUUCGCGUGGAUAUUUAACGGGCGUGAUAGGCUGGAUCUCGCUGGUUUGGUGCUAGAAGGCCGAAAAUGGCAGCGCUAUUUGUUCUUCCUUGGUGGCGGUGUCCCGUCCGAUAAAACAGAACUCGAAGCACUCUUUCAAUGCCUUCGCAAGUGCUUUGGCGAUGAUGACGAUAACAUUUCUUCGUAUGAAGAAUGGAAGGAAGCCGCUCUUAAACUAUACCGUGAUGAUGCUAUCCUUGACUCUCUGAUUAGGGAUGAAAGAGCGAAGGCAUAG